AUGUGGUUCCGUACCAUCAAGAUCGAUCUCUCGGAAGACCUGCUGCAAUACGGCAAUCCGUACGCCUUUAUCGAUCGUCUGGUGUGCAUCGUAACGCUGCUGUGCAAGGAGCAAGACAAAGACCAGGUCGCUUCGAAAUCUGUGCACCUGAACCUCGGCAGCUUCUUCCAGCAAAUGCUCCCUUUCAACGAGAAGUCCCAGCUAGAUAGGCGGUAUGGAGAGUAUCUCGACUGGUUGUUCUUCCAUUCCGACAACCACGAGCCUGACCACGACAAGCUCGCUAAAGGUAUAGUACGCAGCCUGCAGCGACUGGUGGCUACGAUCGUCAAGCACUCCGGCCGCGAGCAGUGGAAGAUCUUCGUGAAGACUGAAAUUGCGGAGGAGGACGUGGGUGGUGCGGGGGCGCUGUUCGAUUUCCAGGUCGCUUGCGCGGAGCAAGGUGUCGAGGUUUGUCAGAUUGAGGGCUGA